AUGGAAAUUUCUACAACUUUAAUGAGCAUCAAACAGAUGAUUGAUACAGCGUUUGGAGACCCUUGUCACAAUGUGGUUAAUCAUAAACUCGUUCACGCAAUAUUAAUAAUUCUUGCAAGACAAAUUCGCCUUUUAGAAAGACACGUUGAAGUUGAGAUUGGUCCUUUACCAGAAACUGUUUCGGCGACCAGUUUAAAUAUUACGGAAGUUAAAAUGGUUGCAAAUGUGCCAAAAAAGAAAAAACAAAAGCUAGCAGUACCGAAAGGAGGUGGAAGUAAAUCCCCCUCAGAUAGAACAUCCACUGGAAAAUCUUCAUCUGGUAAAACAUCAACUGAACAAUCAACUUCAGACAAAACAAAAACAUCAUCUAGUAAACAAGUUUCUAGUGAAUCCCAAAAGCCUUUAAAGUCUGCAUCAGGAACGGGUUUUCCACAGAAAUAUCUAACACUGCUGGACAAGAUUGAAGAGCAGAGAGAAAGGGAGCUACGCGUCAUCCAUCAGAGAGCCGAUUCUCGGGAAGAACAUAAAAAUCAGCCAACGCCAAUAGCUUCCAUGGAUUCCAUGGAAAAACAGUAUGAAAAAUUACUCGUAGUUGAACGAGUGCCUACAGAUCAAGCCAAGCUGACAGAUGGUCGCAGCAAACUUCGGCGUCUGUCAGUGGUGACACAAGAAGAGUUUGCUGAGCUUGCCGUAGCGGUCAAACGUUUGCAAGAACAAUAUAUUCCAGCUGGCAAUGUUGAUUUUCCUAAUAAUGCCCAACUUUUAAAUGAGCUCCGUAAGGGCGCUUCAUUAACUGAUGCAAUGGCAGCUUUACAACUAUCCGCUCGCUUAGAAGCUGCAGAAAAAACUUUAGAAAAAAUGAUUUCUCUAGUAACCGAUCUUGCCAGUAAUACUACAACAAUAAAGCCACAAGCAAAAACUGAAACGCUAUCGAAAGCAGGAAAAGGCGUGGAAACCAAGACUGAAGUAAUUUUUGAGGCAGAUGAAGCAGUUCCUCACAUUUCAACUGUGACGAAAAAAAGAACUACAUCUGCAAAAUCUAAAAAAUCGUUAGUAGAUUCAACGGCGGCAACAACGGCUUCAAGGGUCCAAAAUGAAACGCUAGGACUAGGAACUGAAACAUUAGAAAAAGACAAGACAGAUUGGAUAACUGCUGAAGAAUUAGACAAUGUAAUGCAAGAACUUCAUGAUGAAUUUUUAAAAAUAAUCACGACUAACAUGACUAAGAGCAAUAUUAACGCUAACAAUGCUUUAAAAAUAGCAACUAGAUUGGAAUCCAAAUUGGAUGAAUCCCUUGAUUUAGGAGAUCGAAUGAACGAUCUAGAAAUACUUGUAUCCGAUUAUGCUGAACAUAUCAAUACACUUGACACAGGAAUAUCUGCUCAGAUGACAAACUACCAAGAGCAAUUAACACAGAUGCAGCAUGACCUAGAAGCUGGUAUAGAAACAAUGCAAGAAGCAUUAGCUAACACUGGUGGAGAUACUGCUGCUGUUGCUGAACUGAAUAGUAACUUCUCAAACCUUCAAGUGGAAUUCGAUUUUGCGGCAAUGAGGCAAAAAGAACUAAGCGAUAUUCAAGACACUAUGGCCAUAGACCUCAAGUCUUUAUGGAAACAAAUCGAAAUACUAAGAGAUCAAAAAUCUGAUCGCGACGAAGUGGCAGAUGCACUUCGUGAUAAAGCCGGAAUUGCAGCCCUGAAUGGUUUAGUUUCUCGGCCUGAGUUUGACGCUGUGAGAGGCGACUUCGAAAAACGUAUCGGUUCAGCUUAUGACAAGUUCAAUAGUCAAGAAGUAGUAUGGCAGAAAGCAAUAGACGAGCUUCUAAGAGAACUGAAUGAAAAGGCUGAUUGGCUUCAAGUGGUGUCCUUACAAGAAAGCAUUACUAAAUAUUUAGAAAAGUUUAACAACAAAAUAAAAGCAAUGACAGAGAUUGUUGGUGAACCUCGAGCUGCAGCAGUAUCCAGAAAGCUACAUCGUGAUGCUGCAUGCCUGUCAUGUAAUACUCCAGCUCACAUGGACACAGAAGAAAAUGACAUUGGACCGUCGUUCCCAGCCUUCCCACCUACUCGACCCACAACCAUAGGUGCUGAAUCGAACAUUAAACCAAGCGAAGACGGGGAUCAUGAAGAUUAUUGCUUUCCUGGGUUUCCAAUACCACAUCCAAUCGACCCACGGUCUCAUGUCUGUCGUCGGUUCUGUGGUGGUUCACAUACUAUGUUGAAUAACGCCAAAGGUCGUAUCCCACCUGGUAUGAUAAUAAACCCUUUGUCACAAGAAGCAGAUACCGAGGUUGGAACUGAUGGAAAGGCUUACUUUGUGGAUCAUGUUAUAAAGCCAUGCAAGGCUUGCUAUCAGCCAAAGAAACUUCCAAUAUCGAAAGAGGCUGAACCAGCUCCAAUUAUUACUGCAGAUCAACGAAGUUCUGAUAUGACUCCGCCUGACUACCGCAUGUCUACAUUUUCGGACUCUCUGCAACCGAUUGGAACGCAGGAAGCCAGUGAAAUGUCUGCAACACCUCCACCCCCGAUUGAAGACGACUAA